AUGACCGUAAAAGUAAACUGGAUUGGUGUUCCUGUGCCAAAAAAUGUUACUGUAAGACAGUUUUAUGAAGAACUUAUUGUGGGAAAUAUUGUUCCUGAAGUGCAAUUAAAUAAUGAAGACUGUUUGGAACCAGUUAAAGCAGAGUUUUCAUCUAAUCAAAAUGGGCCUUUUAAUGUUGUUAGUAUGGAAUGUAAUAUGAUCGAAGCAAUUGAAGCUUGGGGAAAUAGAGUGCAAUAUUAUCAAACAAAUAGUUCAAUAUCGCUACUCUCUGAACCAAUUAAUAUUUUUUCACAAAUGAUGGAUGAUGCUGCUAGUUUAAAUCAUCUGCCAACUUUUACUAUCUCUGAACACUCAAAUGCAUUAGACAAAUUAUGA